AUGUCUAUGGCGUCUUUUGUUGUACCCGGGAUUUCAAGUUCUCAACUUUCUAGUCAAAAUCAGCAAAAAAGUGCAAGUAAAUGGGUUUUCCAUGGUGGGGUUUCUGUUAAAAGUCUCAAGAUAAUGAUGCAUGUGGUCGAUCACAAUCAAAAUCAAAUGGGUCGUGGUAGUGGUGGUGGUGAUGUCUCCCAUGGAUUGCAUAAGGAUUUGGGCUCCCUUCCAAGGCCAUUAUCCAUAACAGACAUUGUGUCUGCUUCGGAUAGUCUUGCGAAAGUUCGAAUAUCGUAUAAGGGGAUACCAGGAUCAUACAGCGAGGACGCCGCACUCAAAGCUUACCCCAAUUGUGAAACAAUCUCAUGCAGUGAUUUUGAAGAAGCUUUUAAGGCUGUUGAGUUGUGGCUGGCUCACAAAGUUGUCAUUCCGAUUGAAAAUACGUCUGGUGGAAGCAUUCAUCGGAACUAUGAUUUACUUCUUCGUCAUAGGCUUCAUAUUAUCGGUGAAGUGCAGUUGGCUACUAACCUCUCCCUUCUAGCUCUACCUGGUGUCAGAAAAGAGCACCUUAAACGCGUUUUAAGUCAUUCUCAGGCAUUUGAAUUAAGUGAUACUUUCCUAAAUAAUUUAGGAGUUAGCCGAGAAAAUGUCGAUGAUACGGCUGGUGCUGCUCAGAUUGUAGCAGCAAAUUUUCUGUAUGAUACGGGUGCCAUUGCAAGCAUUCGAGCAGCCGAAAUCUAUGGGCUUAAUGUACUUGCAGAAAGUAUCCAGGACGAUUCAGAAAUCAUCAGUCGAUAUCUUGUGCUUGCGAGGGAUCCAAUAAUUCCAAAAGCCAAUAAGCCUUUUAAGACAAGCAUCGUGUUUACACUGGAUGAAGGCCCUGGGGUUCUGUUUAAGGUUUUGGCCUUAUUUGCAUUGAGGGACAUAAAUUUAUCGAAGAUUGAAAGUCGUCCUCAAAGAAAUCGUCCAUUAAGAGUUGUCGAUGACUCCAACACUGGCAAUGCCAAGUACUUUGAUUACCUUUUCUAUAUCGAUUUUGAGGCGUCGAUGACCGAGUCUCGAGCGCAAACCGCAUUAGAACAUCUGCAGGAAUUUGCCACAUUUCUUAGAGUGCUUGGAUGCUAUCCUAUAGAUACAACUAUAUAG